UAUUUAGAAACUUCGAAAGAAAAUUAAAAUUACAUCAUGACAAUUGCAGAGUUUUUUGGCUGUGCUUUUUUAGCCUUCGGAAUGCCACUUGCAAUGUUUAUCUUCACAAUAUCUGAUUCUCCAAUUAAAAUAAUUCUGUUGAUAUUUUCAUCAUUUCUAUGGCUUUUAGCUUUAUUAUUGUCAUCAUUUAUAUGGUAUAUAAUAGUUCCAUUAAGAGGAUUCCUAUUUUUCGGUGUGAUAGUUUCCGUUUUUAUUCAGGAGGGCUUUAGAUAUGCAGUUUAUAAGCUUUUGGAUAAGACAAGUACUGGUUUGGAGGAGUUAGCCGGAGAUAGUUUAGUUACACAUAAUAAACCAGUGCUAGCUUAUGUAUCAGGUUUAGGAUUUGGUCUCAUAUCGGGGCUUUUCCAAAGCGUAAAUAUUCUUGCCGAUGCUGUUGGACCUGGUACUAUGGGACUUAAGAGUGGUUCAGACAUCUUCUUCAUCACAAGUGCAACACUUGCACUUUGUAUCAUUCUUCUUCACACAUUUUGGAGCGUAAUCUUUUUUGAUGGAAUCCAAAACCGCAACAAUAUCCACUUAGCAUACGUUGUUAUCAGUCAUUUACUGUUCUCCUGUUUUACAUUGCUGAAUGGAAAUGAACUUUAUGCUGUAACCUUAACUGCAAGCAUUGCGAAUGUUCUUCUGACAAUGUCUUUAGCAUUUAGAGUCUCAUCAGCAAAUGCAGGAAUUAUUGAGAUAAAAUCAAAGUUUGAUGCUGAAUUCCGGCGAUGGUCAAUAAAGAGAAACGAGACAACACAUACCUUCGAUGACUUCCAGAAUUCAAUUGAGCACUUACACAAGCUCAACGGCUUAGCUUUCCUAAUCUCAUACAUUGAUCCCCGUGAUAACGACUUACUACCGAUCAAUAAUGACGAUAAUUUCCAUCGUGCACUAACAACAGCUCGACCACUGCUUCGUCUAAUCAUUCAAAAGAAAGGAGACAGUUUUGAGGACACGAUGGGAUAUGGAACCAUGAGACCGAAAAAUCUCAUCAGUAGCUUGUUAGGACAAACGCCUGUGAAGGCAAAAACACUCGCUAUCUCAAAUCCACAUGAUUUUCGUCAGGUCUCACAAAUCAUUGAUGUUGACAUUGUCCCGGAAACAUGCCGACGCGUUCGAUUACUGAAGCAUGGAAGUGAUAAGCCGUUGGGAUUUUAUAUUCGUGAUGGAACGUCAGUGAAAGUGACUGCAAAUGGAAUUGAGAAACAACCGGGGAUAUUCAUAUCAAGACUUGUACCAGGGGGAUUAGCUGAAUCCACGGGUUUGUUGGCAGUAAAUGAUGAAGUGUUAGAAGUUAAUGGAAUUGAAGUCCAUGGAAAGACUUUAGAUCAAGUCACCGACAUGAUGGUAGCUAACAGUUCAAACUUGAUAAUCACCGUAAAGCCAGCAAAUCAACGAACGCUCGCAACACCACGACGUGGAUCCUUCUCAAGAAAUAGCCAGUUAUCGUCAGGAUCUCAACAUACGAACAAUACAAACACAUCGGAUGAGAACGAUAACGAUGAACAAGACGAGGUCGUUGAUUUAACGACAGGAAUGAAUCUUGAAGACAAUAAUAGUCUCGUUGUGAAUCAAAACGGCGUUUUGCAUUUGUAAUUAGACGGUGACGUGAGUGAUGGUGAAAGAAAGCAAAGCAGUGUCACAUUAUCUUUAUGUUUAUUGCACCUACAUACACAAAAAUCAUAUACACACACCCACAAACUUAAAAGUAUUUAAUUAAAAUGAUUUCGACUGGAUGAAAACUUUUACUUUGUUAAAAGUUUUAUGACUUAAUUAAAGUAUUAAAGAAAGAAAUUACCUCUGGAGAUUCAAGAAAUAUUUUAAGAAAUGAACGUAAAGUGAAAAGUACGAAAGAAAAACGAAAAUUCCAGAGAUGAUGCAAUUUACUUAAAACAUUCUGAAGAUGAUUCUGCAAUGCAAUAAAAACGGCGACAACGAUUUUGAAUUUUGUAUGGAAAGUCAAUUUUGAAUUUCAAAUUUUGAAGUUGAUUUUGUCAUACAAAAGAUUCAAAUUGAGCAACAACGUUCUUUAAGCAUUGUAACGUCAUUCUGAUAUCUUUUAAUUUAAUAUAGAUACAUUCCUUUUACUUAAUUAUUGUCGAGGUUGAGCAGUUGCAAAUGAUGCUGAGAAUUCUUUUCCAUCUGCUCAACAUUUUAAUCAUAAUUUCGAAUAAAUAAUUAUUUUCUUUUGUAUUCGUUAAUCAUAAGGCAUCGCCUGAUUAUUUGUAAAAUUAUUUCCCUUUACAAUGUACUUAAAUCAGGUCUUUUGUUUACUUAAAUUCAUCUUGCUCAAAAAUGAUACAAUCAACAAGAAGAAAAAAAAAUUGGUAAUGAUUUCUUAAUUGAGGCCUUUGAUUGAAUUGAGAUUGAUAAAAUGUCAACUCUAAUUCAUCAUAAAAAAAGUUGUUAAUUAUCGUGUCUUUAAAAACAUUUCUUCAUUUCAUUCCGUGAUUAUAAAGAAAAAAUAUCAUUCCAUUGUUUGAUUUGAAUAAUGAAUUAAACAACACAAAUCUACUAAAUAAGCACCUAACAAUCACAUCGUUUCCGUCCCUAACAUGGCUGGCUUUUAAAUACUUACAUGGCAAAAAAAUAUUAACACCGAAAUAGGGCCUGAAUAUCUACUUAAUUAAGGGAAAUUCUAAAUUAGGAGAAAGUUAAUUAAGCAUCGUCUUCCAGCAGCUAUUUACUCAAAGAAACAAAAUUUAUUAUUCCACAUUCACGACAAUUGAUCAUUUUUCUGACAACCGGGGAUCAAUUUCGAGCCCUGUUCCUAACCCAACGAGCUUGAAUCGCUUCCUUCCAAUUUUCUAUCAUAUCACCC